AUGCGUGUGUUCGCUCUUCUUGUCGCUGCCGCCGUUGUGGUUCCAGUGCUUUCAACGUCGCUGCCUAUGGUCGAUCUCGAUUACACCACCGUCCAGGCCGUUGGUGGCAACACCACCGUCGGCUACUACAAGUACCAGAACAUCCGAUUUGCUGCUGUUCCGACUGGCGAUCUACGUUUUGCUGCGCCAGAAAUGCCGCCUCAGGAGAACGAGACAAACACCGGCACGAAUCUUGCUGAUGCCGACGUUGCCUGCACGUCCACGGAGGACUGUCUGUAUCUGGAUCUUUAUCCAGAAGACGACUACACUAGUGCUGGUCUACGGUUCGCUGACAUGAAGCAGUCACUCGAUCUAACAGCAAAGAACCUCGCGCUCACAAAUGCAUUGAAGAACACGACCUGGAACGCCGAAUGUGCUCUCGGCUCGGCCACGCACGGUGCUGACCAGAGUUACUACUGGUACAGUACGUACACGCUCUCCACGAGCUCCAGCAUCUCGAGACGCGCUCAGGCUACUGACUUGGCGAGUUCGUAUUAUGCCAACGUGUCGGCUGCAAGUGCAGGUAUCGGAAGCGCUCUGGAAGGAUCUUUUGGUGGAAUGGCUGGAGCUGGUGGUGCCGGUGGUGAGUCGUCCGUGAACUCGACGAUUGCUAUCAUGAUGCAGAAGUAUCUGCUGUCUUUCGUGAUCACUGGAAACCCGAAUACAAUGUGGCCCGAUGAUAGGCUGUACUGGCCUCAGUACAACGAAUCCAGCGUGGGCACGGAAAUCGUGUUUAACGACACGUUCACGGUUGCCGACGACGACCUCGCCAACUCGAAGAGCCUCUUCUGGAACAAGGCGUUGUGGUACUAG